UAUUUCACAUGGAAUUUGCAAAGAAUGUAGCUGAAGAAAUCACGUUGUUGUUCAAAGAUACAUGGAAACAACGUUCGAACAAUAUUUCGAAAGUGACUCAUGUUGCAAUUCCAAAUUUCCCUGAUAAUGGCAUAAUAGUUUUUGGACUUGUUUUGUAUAACGAAAUGGAUAUCGUUUACGAUACAAAUUUGUGUCCUGUUUCUCACAAAAUCGAAAUAGCUCAAUUAGUAGGACAUAAAGUGACACAGCAAUGGUUAUAUAAUUUGAACAAUCCGUUUCGAUCGGCUUUUUGGUUCAAUAAAGGUCUUACUACAUUGCUUGCAACGAAUUUUCAAUGA